GUGCCGGUGCCGAAGUCCCGUCGACGUUCAACAUCACCAGCGCCAACGUGCAGCUGCUGGGCACCGUCCUCGCCAGCGCCGGCGCCGCCCAGGGGGGCAACUACUCCAAGGUGUUCGCGGGCGACGGAGUCGCCGGGGAGACUGCAGUGACGAUCGGUGAGGAGCAGCUGAACAACGUCACCAACGACGGCGGCGGCAGCGGCACCUACGUCGUGAGCAUGCUCUUCACGACUCUGGCUGAAGUCCUGCCCCUCCGGCUGACCCCCGACCUGAACGGCAGCGGCGCUGGCUCCGCUGGCUCCGUGCGGAGCCACAUCCUCAGCACCGUCGUGAGCAACCCGAGGAACGGGACGGGCGUCACGGACAUCGUCCUGCGCUUCCCGCUCACGGUGGCCAUCAAUGGCAGCGGCAACGUCGUCAACUGCACCUUCUGGGACACAAAGUAUAACAACGGGCGGGGCGGCUGGUCGGGCGUAGGCUGCCAGCUGACGCCCACCGUCCCCACCGACAACGCGACGUCCUUCUCCUGCCGCUGCAACCACACCACCUCCUUCUCCAUCCUCAUCUCCCCCGGCGACGACCUAGUGAACGACCCGACCCUCUCGAUCAUCUCCUACGUCGGCGUCGGCCUCUCGAUCGCGUCCCUGGUGGCCGUCCUCGCCAUCGAGGCCAUCACCUGGCGCCCGUCGGUGUCCAGCGGCCGCGCCUCCCGGCGCUCCAACACGCGCCUCCGCCACCUCAUCCUGGUCAACGUGUGCACGUCGCUCCUCUUCGCCGACGUCUGGUUCAUCGUGGCCGCCUCUCCCGCCGCCCUCGCCAGCCCCGCGCUCUGCACGGCCGCCGCCUUCUUCGUCCACCUCGGCUACCUGGCCCUCUUCUUCUGGAUGCUCUGCGAAGGCCUCCUCCUCGUCUACGUCGUCGUCGUCGUCUUCGAACGCUUCGCCGCCCGAAGCCUUCGCGCCGCGGCCUUCGCCGUCGGCUACGGGGCCCCGGCGGUCAUCGCCGCGGUGGCCGUAGCGGCGACGUACCCACGCGGGGCCUACCUGCGCGACGGAGCCUGCUGGCUCGACUGGGAGCGCGGCAGGACGCUGCUCGCCUUCGUGGUGCCAGCCUUCGCCGUGCUCGCCGCCAACAUCGCCGCGCUCGCGGUCGUCGUGAACACGGUGGCGCGGAGGAGGUCCGUGGGCGCCGGCUUCUCGGUGAGCCCCGACGUGAACGUCCGGCUGGUCGCUCGGAGCGUCGGGGUGCUCACGCCGCUGCUCGGGGUCACGUGGGGGCUUGGGAUCUUCGCGUUCAGCGCCGAGGGCAGGGCCAGCCUCGCGCUGCACUACCUCUUCGCCAUCCUCAACUCGCUGCAGGGCCUCUUCAUCUUGAUCUUUAACUGCCUCCUCGACAAAGAGGUUCGCAAGGAGCUGAAGAAGAAGCUUGGACUAGGUGCACAGAAAUCGAAGGGGAUCAGCAGCACCGGUUUGAAUCCAAUCGUUCUACCAAGGUUUCACUCUUCCGAGAGGAGAGAGCCGGAGAUGAAGAUUCACCUGAAGCGUCCGGCCAUAAACAACUCCAUCAAAUUUCUGAAUCUCUCAGACUACCAAACUCUGAACAGUGACUGGUGAACGGGGAGAAAGCAGAGGAGGAGGUGAUGGAGGAGUUGGAGAUGAAAUUGGUUGAGGUGGACGUGGUGGUGGUGGAUUGGGAGUCUGCCCCAAUGGGCCCGCGUUAACAAAUCGCUCUUGAACUGCAUCACAAAAGUAACCUGCAGCGUCACACCUAUCGCCAU